AAAGAGUAGUUAACAGUGUUUGGAUCUGGUCCCAUUGCUCUUCCAUUCAAUAGAAUGAGAUGAGGCAGCUCUAACAGAUCGAUGACCCGUGCUGGGACAGCUCAGUCAUGGCGGGGUGGAGCGUGUUAAUGUGGCUGAGCUUAAACCUAGUCAGACAAUUUGUAUUUGACCUGAGAAGAGUGUGCCUGCACGUUCCUGUGAGAAGGAAGGGAAAGAGCCAGAGAGAACCAUGAAGCAGCACUGUGCUCUGAAACAUGGCAUUUUUAAAGAGUUCUUGGCGGAAUUUCUUGGAACGUUCGUGUUGGUGUUAUUUGGCUGUGGAUCGGUUGCUCAGACAGUCCUGAGCAGGAAUACACUGGGGGAGCCUCUCACUAUUCACCUUGGUUUCACUACCGGCCUCAUGAUGGGUGUCUACGUGGCUGGUGGAGUUUCAGGAGGUCAUUUGAACCCAGCCGUGUCACUGGCCAUGGUCAUACUGGGAAAACUGAAGAUCUGGAAGUUCCCUAUUUAUGUUAUCGCUCAGUUCCUGGGUGCCUUUGCUGGAGCUGCUGGAGUUUUUGGGCUGUAUUAUGAUGCCUUCAUGGAUUUUACCAGUGGGAUACUGUCAGUGACUGGCAUCAAUGCUACAGGUCACAUUUUUGCCUCCUAUCCUGGAAGACAUCUUACUGUACUUGGAGGAUUCAUUGACCAGGUGUUUGGAACAGGAAUGCUGGUGCUGUGCAUCCUGGCCAUAACCGAUGGCAAGAAUAUAGGAGCCCCUAAAGGUGUGGAGCCUCUAGCCAUUGGUCUCAUCAUCCUGGGCAUUAGUGUCUCAAUGGGGAUGAACUGUGGAUACCCACUGAACCCUGCCAGGGAUUUGGGGCCUAGACUCUUUACCGCUGUGGCUGGCUGGGGCAUGGAGGUGUUCAGCACUGCAGAUUACUGGUGGUGGAUCCCAGUGGCCGGACCAUUGAUAGGGGGAAUCACAGGAGCUGUUGUCUACUUUCUCCUGAUAGAGCUCCAUCACUCUGACCACUCAGAGAAAGCCCACGAGGAGCCUGAGGAAGAGGAGGAAGACGAUGAAGAGGAAGAGGACAGCAGCCUGAAGGACAAAUAUGAAAUGAUCACCAUGAGCUAAAAAGAUAAAAAAUUACUUUGGACUGAUAAAAAGUAUGAAGAGCAUUUUGCAUUAUUGUGCAUAGGAAACAGGCCGUCAGUAUGGGUUUCGCGCCACUUGCUUCAACUGUCUUUCGCUCUCUCUCUCUCAGACAUUUGUUUGUUGUCAGGAAAUAAACUAUGACAGGGAUUACAAUUAAGUAGCCUGUUAUUAAAUAGAUCAUGAAUUUUUCCUGGGCAGAAAACAUGAAACAAAUCCCCUUUUGGCGUUACAUUUAUGAGCUUGGCUGGAGCAAAGCAUCAUGAAAAAAAACCAAAAUCUUCCUUAUGCCUGGAUUGUGCUCUUCCAUUUGAAAAAAUUCAACAAGUAUGCAAGGCUACAAUGUAUAAAUCCUACAAAGAUAAUGUGCCAACAGAGCAAUAUUUUAGUGGGAAACUUAGGCUGUUUACUUAUUAUUAAUACAAUGUUGUGUAUUUGACCUUAAUGUGAUGUUUUUAUGUAUUGUAUUUUUAAUAGAGCACUUUGUAGAAUAAUUCUUGUUUUAAAAAGUUAAUACAUAAGUGUUUAUAACAAAAAAAGAAAAGAAUAUUGAUGAUAUUUAAUAAUGGUUUAGGAUGUGUCGCAGUGACAAGAGGUAAAGGCUCAUUACAGUUUGUAUUUCUGUUUAUAUAGAGAAUACAUACUUUUGUAAUGAAGCUUCUCCUGUUUAAAUAUUUAUGUAAUUUUACUGAAAUAAACAUCAGAACUUUUGCAGUGAA